UCUGGUUAUUGACAACCGAACAACAUCACAUACCUUGCAUGCCAACCUAGUCAGCACAGCUCCAAAGCCUGGUCUGAACAGCGUCAACAUGCCUCUGAACAACUAUCCUCAUCCUACCGCAGUGGUACAGCAUGUCUACGAGCAAGUCACCGAGUAUCUCAUGAGAUCAUACCCAAUCCGGGAUCUGCCUUUGAAUUUGAGGCCGGCAAUGGUCAUGGUCACCGCUGCAUGGCUCGUCUUGCUUGGUAUACUCGGUAUGGCUCCAUUACCAAACUUGCCGGUCAACGAUAAGGCUUUACAUUUCUUCGGAAUGGGCUUCGCUACAUUUUUGCUCUACUUCGUGAUUGACGUACCUGACGGGCCACAUCGAAGAGUCUGGUAUAUACGGCGAGCGCCUUUGCUGCUCACCGUGAUCUUUGCUUUCUUCGUUGGAGGCAUCAUCAGCGAAUUCAUUCAGGGUCUUCUGCCUUGGAAGACCUUUCAAUGGGGAGAUAUCCUGGCCAACUUGCUAGGCUCGUCCUUGUUCCUCUACUUGGCGCAUUUACUUCACGCUCGAUCACGAAAGCGCAUGGAGAUCUCGACCUUGUACCAGCCAUUAUCAUCUCACGUGUAUCGCGAUGCGCAAGGGCGACAGCAUACCUUCGAUGCCUCACCGACUUCCCACUCUCCCGCUCAGCCUUCAUCCGUUCGACCACCUUCACCUCAACAAGGACCUUAUCGUCAUCAAAGGCAAGGCAGUAAUGUAUGGGACGAAGGCAGCGAGGCGGGGCGCAGCAGUGUUGAGGACCUGUCCAGAGAUACCACACGCGGGACUAAGGUGUUUGACAUUGGUGACGAGGAAGAGUUACUCGACAGCCCACUACCUGGAAACGAUGAUGGCCGCUAG